AUGGUUACAAAGGUUAAAUUCAGCAUCAGUGUCAGCAAGGCUAAAAACUUAAAUUCUGACACAGUAUGCUACUACUAAGGCAGAUACUAUAGAGGACUGGGCUAUGGCUACAGCUGUGGAUACGGUUAUGUCUGUUACUUUGGUGCCUUUAGAAUCUUGGGAUGUGGCUACAGAUGUGGCUGUAAUAGGUAUGGACUUGACUGCUGA